AGAGAGAAUAUGAAGUCUACAUUUCCAGUUUUUGCGUUUUUCAUUGCCGUGAGCACUCAAACACUGUUCGCAGCGGCUGGUCCUUCACCGGCGCAGGUGGUUGACACCACCGGCAAGAAGGUCCGUGCCGGCACGGAUUACUACAUCCGGCCAGUGCCUGAAACACCGUGCGACGGUCGUGGGCCGUGUGUGAACGGCGAAGGCUUAGUUCUCAUAUCGAGAUCGGUCAACGUGACGUGCCCUCUUAAUGUUGCGGUUGUGGUGGGAUUCCGUGGCCUGCCAUUACAGUUCACACCAGUUAAUCCUAAGAAAGGUGUUGUUCGUGUGUCGACGGAUCAAAACAUAAAGUUCAACCUAACAACGGCGUGUGAAGAGGGCACAGUGUGGAAGCUGGACGACUUCGACACAACGACAGGACAAUGGUUCAUAACUACAGGUGGGGUUCUGGGAAACCCAGGCCCAGAAACCAUAGGGAAUUGGUUCAAGAUUGAGAAGUACGAGGAUGAUUAUAAGUUGAUGUACUGUCCAAGUGUGUGCAAGUUUUGCAAAGUUCUAUGCAAGGAUGUUGGAGUGUUUGUGGAUCAGAAUCGCAGUCGUCGAUUGGCUCUCUCUGAUAAACCCAUGAAAGUUCAGUUCCAGCGUGCUUAAAUAAUUAGCCUCAUCAUCAAUCCUUAAUCGUUCCAUUAAUCCCUCUUCGAUCGAUUUUCUUGUUGCAUGUUCUUUGUUUAAUGUACUGCUCUUGUUUAUUUGUAUGUGUUUAAUUCCAUAAUUCUCUUUCUCUGGUUUUUGUUUCAAGAAGUGAUAUGAAAGAAGAAAAACAUAUUGUUGGGUUUCAUAGUUUGCUCA